AUGAAUUGGCAUGGAAAUAGUGCCCCUUCUUCUUCUUCUGCUACUGCUAAUUCUUUUCCUUCAUCCGAAGAGGACUUUCUGAUAAAGCAGCUCCUCCUAGCACAUGAUCCUGAUGGCCGUUGGCUAGACUCUGAGCUCCUGAUUUCUGCAAUGGAGAAUGUCAUGUCAUCUUCUGCCUCUCAUAGGUCAAAUGUUGAAGAAGCUGUUCAGUGGAAGGAUGAAGACAGCAUUGCAAUAGCUGGAUCAGAAGAGACAUUGGGGCAAAUACUUUGGAAGAUCUCAAGUGAGGCAAGAAUCAAGAAGCCAAGUUUUGUAUUCGUCGGUAAAGGGAACCAGCAUGGUCGAACGAUGGCCUUGUUUGAUUUGCUAGGAAGCUACAGAUGGGAUGCCAAAGUGGCACUAGUGCUUGCAUCAUUUGCAGCAAGCUAUGGCCAGUUCUGGCUCAUAAACCAGCUUCACCACGAUAUCCCCUUGGCUUCAUCGAUCGCUAUGGUUAAACAGUUGCCUCGGGAGCUUAUCAUGCUGAGACCUCGGUUCAAGGCUUUGAACUUGCUGUUGAAGACAAUGGUGGAUGUGACAAAGUGCAUCAUCAAGUUUGAAGGCCUUCCCCUUAGACAUGUGAAGCUGGAUGUUGAACCCAUCGGAACUACAAAGCUUUCCAUCUAUGUAGCUGCUUACUGGGUUGUUAGAAGCAGUUUGUCUUGUUUCUCACUUGUUGCUGAUCUCACUGCCAUGAAGCCUGAGAAAGUGCAUGUUUUCUCUUCCCUAAAACUGGUACUCGAAUGCAACUGCAGUUGCAGCAUGGGAGAUGUUGAGCAUGGAAUCAAGGCUGAGCAGAAUCUUGCAUCACCUCAGUGGGCCAAAUUAAAGAUGAGCCAGAAGUUGCCAACUCUUUUCUGGGAGGAGCACCAUGACAAUCAAGAUGUACUUGAGAUGCUCUUGGCUCUCAAAGAUAACCUGCCGCUCAAGGAACCUUCGACAAAAUCAAAGUUAGGUGUGACUGAAUUGAAAGACAAAGUGGUCAUACUUCUGAUCUCAAAGCCACAACUGUUGCCACUAGAUGAACUACUUCUCCUUGUUCACCAGACCUAUGGCCACUCUCACCACAAGGAAUUUGAGGCAAAAUACCGUGUGGUAUGGGUUCCGGUCACAGAAUCUGAUCACUGGACUGAAACUGAAAAGGAGAGAUUCAGCAUACUGUCAAAUUCAUUGCCAUGGUACUCACUGAACAGACCAUGGGCACUCCAUUCAUCUGUAGUGAACUUCAUCAGGCUAGCAUGGCAGUCUAGAGCUGACCCAACAAUGGUGGUACUCGAUUCGAAAGGCGCCAUGACCAAUUUGAACGGUAUGGAUAUGGUUCUAAUCUGGGGCGCCAAUGCAUUUCCUUUCUCAGCUGUGAGAGAACAGGAGCUCUUGGCUGAGCAGAAGCAGUUGACACUUCAACUCCUGGUUGAUGAAAUUGACCCUUUGCUAGCUAAAUGGGUGGAAGAAGGAAGAAACAUUUGCAUCUACGGAAGUGAGAACCUGGAUUGGAUUAAUGAGCUGAACACCAAAGCUAGAGAAAUCAUGAGUUGUGGAAUUCAGCUUGAGAUGGUAUAUGUUGGAAGCAGUAACAUUAUUAGUGAAAAUGUGGGGAAGACAUCAGACAUCAUCCACCAAACAAUCCAUAGAAACUUGUUGUCAUCCACAAAAGUCCGAUUCUUUUGGCUCCGGAUCGAGAGCUUGAGAAGAUCAAAGCUUCAGCAAGGUGGGAGGUUGAGAAUUGAUCACAUUCUGCAAGAUGUGUCAGCACUGCUGCAGCAUCAUGAUGAUGGCAACGACAAGGGAGGAUGGAUCGCUAUAGGAAGUGGAACUGCAGAAGAGAUUGUGAGGCUCGAAGGGAGAAAAGCGAUUGAAUUGCUGAGCAAGGUUCAUGAAUGGGGAGAAAAUGUGGGGAAGAAAGGAUUUUUAGGGGCAAUUAGAGCUUCUGUUCAAGUCCCAAAACCUCUUCUUAUUCUGCAUCCUGCAGAACCUUGCAGUCAUUCUGUCAUGAUCCCUUAUGGCAAAGGCCAACAACAACAACCGAAAGGCAAUAUGUUAUGCGAGAAGUGUAGGCGUGUGAUGAAGCCAUAUGUUGUCUAUAAAUGAGUAAUGUAACAUCCCAGAAUGUGCAAACUCUGGAUCAGUUUGCUUCUGCUUUUUUAUUUUUGCCUUCUGCGGAAUC